AUGGCUGAUUCUGUUCAUCAUCCCUUGUCCCAAUCACCUUCUUUUUUCAAAUCCUUCUCCUGCCCUAAAGAUUCUCUUUCCCCUACUCAAACCCUAGACCUAGAUCCACACUUGAGCUCUCGUCGCUCUAAACUCCACGAUCACGCUCGCUCUCGUAUGUUGUUUGAUGAAAUAGCCCAACAACAGGAGGAAAAUAUGGAGAAUUCCAACUCACUAGAAUCGCAGUACCAAAAAGAUGAUGACCUUUUGAUGUCAAACGAAGUUCUCGAAGAUUCUGACCAACCGUUGCUAUCUCCUUCUGGUGCUGAACCUAAUACUCUCUCUGAGCCCUUGAGCCCUCUGGCUCUUGAUGAUAGCGCUAAUAAUCUUGUUGAUGAGACUGAUGCCUGGAUUUCGUAUAAUCGAAGUCAAACCGAGGUAUACAAGCCCUUUCCUUCAGUUGCCUCCAGUUCUUCGAGUUGGUACGAAGAAGCCUACGAGAAGCCGUGCAUGGUGGGUGCAGGGCUUGCGAAUCUGGGCAACACUUGCUUUUUCAAUGCAGUUUUGCAGUGUUUCACUCACUCUGUGCUACUUGUUCAGGGGCUAUAUUCGUACACCCAUCCGACACCUUGUGAUUGUAGCAACGAACGGUUCUGUUUGAUCUGUGCUUUGAGGGAGCACAUUGAAAAUUCAUUAUCAUCAACUGGAAAAAUUGUCUCACCCUGGAAAUUUGUCGACAAUUUGAGCUAUUUUUCAUCAUCAUUUCAAAGAUAUCAACAGGAAGACGCUCAUGAGUUCUUGCAAUGCUUUCUGGAUAGACUUGAAAGCUCUUUAAACAAUUUGAAAGUGAAGGAUGAUGCUGUCUCCUUGCAAAGUGACAAUUUAGUCAAGCAAGUCUUUGGGGGUUGUGUUGUUAGCAAACUAAGAUGUUGCAACUGCAAUUACAUUUCUGAUACCUAUGAGCCUUCAGUUGACCUCAGUUUGGAGAUUGAGGAUGCAAUUAGUCUUUCAACUGCUCUUGAAUCAUUUACAAAAGUUGAACACAUUGAAGAUGAAGAGAUGAGGUUUACAUGUGACCAGUGUAAGGAAAAGGUCUCUGUUGAGAAACAACUUAUGCUGGAUCAGACCCCUCCUAUAUGUGCUUUCCAUUUAAAGAGAUUCAAAAACGAUGGCUCUUAUGUGGAGAAAAUAGACAAGCAUGUGGAAUUUCCUCUAGAGUUGGACUUGCAGCCUUAUACAUGUGGCCGUCAGAGUAAUAAUGAGGAUUUGAAGUAUGAGUUAAAUGCAGUUGUUGUACAUGCAGCCUUUACAUCUAGUUGUGGUCACUACUACUGUUACAUUCGGUCUGCACCUGACACAUGGUACAAGUUUGAUGACUCAAAGGUUACCAGUGUUUCUGAGGCUUGUGUGCUUUCAGAAGAAGCAUAUAUUCUCUUCUAUGCAAGACAAGGCACAACUUGGUUUUCAAACUUCAUGGAAACAUAUAAGCCUUCCUUGGAUCCAAACUUAUCAAAUACUUCACCCAAAUCAGUACUAGAGAAUGUCGAUCACACCUCUACGUCUGCUGAUGCAGUUCAUUCCCAUGAAAUUAAUGAAUCAUGUAGUAACAAAGUUGCGGCUCCUGGAGUGAAAGAUCGUUCUUUCCAAUCUGGCACUAUGGUGCCAUCCAAGUCAAGCAAUUUUUCGGACUUGAAUGCUUCAAACCCUCAUGUUUUAAAAGAAAAAUCUCCAUUGACCCUUAAAGAGUAUGGGUCUAACCACAUGCCAGAAGUUGAGAAGAAUACAGGUGUUACUCCCAGUAGGCAUAAUAGGCUUCAGGGGGCUGCUGAUUCUGAAGAUGAUCCCAACAGAGCUUUCUCUACACCAUUUGUAAGACCAAGUGACGGAAAAACCACUACAUUUGAUAUCAGCCAAGUAGUUUCUCCGUCAACACCACCAAGAUCUCCUGGACUGGAUUCUUCUGAUGAUGAGAAUUCAGAAGUGGUUUUUGCUCCAAAGGCUGAUCAAUUGAAACUUGUGGAGAAACCAUCGUACAAGAGGCAACGAAGCAAGGAUGUUGAGGAUUCCGUGAAGCAUGAGGCUUUGAGACAAUGCAAGAGGAUGCCUAGUGCAAGAGGAAACUUGUUAAUGGCUGCACUUGAGAUGGGACCGAAGAGUGAAAACUCAGUGAACAAGAGAAGCAAGAAAAUAGCUUCACCUCCAAGAAAGAAGUACAGCCGAUCGAGUGAGGGUUUUAGGCAUGAUGACAAGUCGAUCUCGCGUAACUUGGCCACUUCAAGUUUUCGGUAAGUUGUGGAUAGAGUUGUAAUAUUUUAAACUCUUUUUUUUUGUUUCUUUGAUAGAUGAGGUGGAGUUUAAGCUCCUUGUUUGGAUUCAAGUGUUUCUAGAGAAGUUGAUGUUAGAUUGUCUUUGUGAAUGUGCUUCGACUCCACACAUAACACACAGGGGGUGUAGAUGGGGUUUUAUUAUUAAUGAUGAAUG